GAUGUUGACAAGGCAGUGGCUGCCGCUAAGAAAGCCGGGGAGCUGGGAUCGCCAUGGCGACGCAUGGACGCUUCAGCACGUGGUCACUUGCUCAGCAAGUUGGCAGAUCUGAUAGAGAGGGACAUGGUUUAUCUGGCUUCACUAGAGACCCUGGACAAUGGAAAGCCGUACAAAUAUUCAUACAAUAUUGAUUAUGCUAGAGCUGUCGGUACCUGCAGAUACUAUGCAGGAUGGCCAGAUAAGAUCGUGGGCAAGACCAUUCCCAUAGAGGGUGAUUUCUUCUGCUUCACUCGUGUUGAGCCCAUAGGGGUCGUUGGAGCAAUCACACCUUGGAACUUUCCUGGCAUGUUCGCUUGCCACAAGAUCGUUCCUGCUCUCGCCGCCGGAUGCACAGUUGUUUUGAAGCCAGCCGAGCAGACGCCUCUCACCACGCUUUACAUCGCCGCGCUGUGCAAGGAGGCGGGCAUCCCUGCGGGCGUGGUCAAUGUGGUGCCGGGGUACGGACUGACCGCUGGUUCCGCCCUCACCGAACACAUGGACGUCAACAAGAUCUCGUUCACGGGCUCAACUGGGGUGGGGAAGCAGAUCCAGUGCGCCUCGGGAAAGACGAACCUGAAGAGAGUUUCGCUGGAGCUGGGAGGCAAGAGUCCGACCAUCGUGUUUGCUGACGCCGACCUCGAUGAGGCGGUGCUGGUGUCACACAAGAACCUGUUCGCCAACAUGGGUCAGUGCUGCACGGCUGCCUCACGCACAUACGUGCAGGACGGCAUAUACGACGAGUUUGUACGGCGCAGCGUCGAUCUCGCGAAGAAACGCUCCAUAGGCGACCCCUUUUGCGGCGACGUCGAAAACGGUCCACAGAUCAACAGAGCUCAGUUCGAUAAGGUGCUGGAACUGAUCGAGAGCGGCAAGAAGCAGGGAGCGAAGAUGGAGUGUGGAGGCGGUCGCCACGGCAACAAGGGCUACUUCAUCCAGAGCACUGUCUUCUCCAACGUGACAGACGACAUGAGGAUUGCGAAGGAGGAGAUCUUCGGACCCGUGCAGCAGAUCAUCAAGUUCAAUUCGAUCGACGAGGUGAUCAAACGAGCGAACAACACGACGUACGGGCUCGCCGGAGCGGUGUUCACGAAGGACAUCAACAAGGCUUUGACCCUCGCCCAGAGCGUGCAGAGCGGAACAUUCUGGGUGAACUGCUACAACGCUGGCAGUCCUGCAAGUCCAUUCGGUGGAUUCAAGAUGUCCGGAAUCGGACGUGAAGG